CCAAAUUAUCUUGUGGGGCCCUGGCCAAAGACGACCAGACGGCGAUCACAGGAUCGUUCUCUUCAAGCGCCCUCGUCCUCCGCCGUCAAAGUUUAGGGAACAGCCUGCGAAAACUGAAAAAGCCAUUCUUUAGAGCAUCUCUUCUGAUUCCUUGCCGGUAUUCCAAACCGGAACAGUCAAGAUGGGCUGGUUCUGGCACAACCCCGCUCCCGCGGAUCCCACCCCGUCGGGCUCAAGCCCGGCCGCCCCUUCACAAUCACCGGCGUCCGCGACCCCGCCUCCAGCCAGGUCCGAUGCGGCCGACCACGAGAUGCAGAAGUUCCUGGACAUGAUCCAGUCCGAGAUGUCAGGCAGCAAGCCGGCCGACCAACCGGCACCACAGACGACCACCACCACCACCACCACAACCGCCUCCUCCUCUUGGUUCUCCCCCCGGACCACCACCACCCCCUCCCCAGCCGAACCCUCCCAACCACCAGCCCCCCCCCAAGCAGCAGGCAAAACGGCCGCCUCGCGCGCGAUAUCCGAGUCCCUCCUCGCGACAGAGAUGUCCUGCCGCGACGCCUUCGACUACGCGUGGCACUGCCACACGCCCGGGGCGCAGUGGAACGCCGUGUACCGGUACGGCGCGGUGCGGUCGUGCUCAGACCUGUGGGACGACUUUUGGUUCUGCAUGCGGACCAAGAGCUACAGCGCCGAGUCGCGCGCCGCCGCCGUGCGAGCCCACUUCCGCGCCCGCGAGGCCGAGCGCUACGGUCCCGGCAGGCCGAGCAGCGAGGACGUCUGGGAGAGCAGGGACGGCAAGGUCGAGCCCGGGACUGCGUUUAACGAGAGGUUCGACGGGCCUGAGGAGGAUGAUCGGGAGUGGCAGGUUAGGGAGAUUGAGAGGAGGCGAGCCGUUAGGGACCGGAUGGGGUUUAACAAGGAUAGUUGAGGCUGGCUGGCAGCUUGAGUACAAACGAAGCCAAUGGCAUGGCAAAUUCAGGAUCAUGAGGAGCACCGGUUUGCAUGCAGGAAGGAGCAUGAGCAUAGGUUUUUAAGACAGUUAGUUGUAUUCAAAUCAAGACAGUUCCGACAGCGAACCAAGCAUACAAUAAAUACUACAAGAGGGCAUAUCACCAUGCACGAUGAAUGAAGCAAGGCCGAGGAUUUUUUUUAUGAACUUUAUUGAUCAGCGGAAAACUGGGAAUCGCGGUUAGAAUACAAGCC